AUGGCAAAACGCCUUGGUAAGUGGGAGUCGGGUGAUGGCGAGCUUGACAAUCGAGAUGAUAUUCCGCUGAAAGAGUCCGGAUGCGAUGGGCUCUGUGAGGAUGAAGACGUAGAGUAUCCGUCUACCGCGAAGCUCAUCCCCAUUCUCGUGGGACUAUCCUUCCAGUCGUUCUGCAUUGCUCUGGAUAACACCAUCCUUGCCACCGCCGUUCCUAAAAUCACCCAACAAUUCAAUUCUCUCGAAGACAUUUCGUGGUACGCGAGUGCGUACCUCCUGACGUCGUGCGCCGUGACCCUCCCCUUCGGCAAGAUAUACACCUACUACUCCACCAAAUGGACCUAUAUUAUUGCCCUCACGCUGUUUGAAAUCGGAUCCCUUACGUGUGCCGCCUCGCCGACAUCCAAGGGUCUUAUUAUGGGACGGGCGAUCUCUGGGAUUGGGUCGGGGGGCUUAUCUCCAGGUGCUCUUCUGGUGCUCGCAAAAAGUCUUCCAUUACACCGACGCGCGCUUUAUUUUGGUAUAAUUGGGUGUACCAGCGGCAUCGCCACGGUGACCGGCCCUCUAAUUGGCGGGCUUCUUACCGAUCGAGCCAGCUGGAGGUGGUGCUUCUAUAUUAACAUUCCAUUCGGUGUGGUGACAGCUGUUAUCAUCGGCGUGUUCUUCAAAGAUUCGAAAAAUAAAGCGGCAUCUCACCUGGGCAAAUGGAGCCAGAUCAAACGAAUGGACCCGUUCGGCCUCCUGUGCUUUAUUCCGGCAAUUAUCUCCAUCCUUCUCGGCUUACAAUGGGGAGGCACUAAGUACAGUUGGACAGAUGGCCGGAUCAUCGCUCUUUUUGUGCUCUUCGGGGUAUUUUGCUCCUUAUGGUGUUUCGUGCAGUACUGGAGACAAGAGGAGGCGACUGUACCUCCUCGACUACUCUGCAAUCACAAUGUGCUCGGGGCAGUCAUCCACGCUACAUUCCUGGGAGGCUCAUUCUUCGUUUUCGGAUACUAUGUGAGUCUGGAGGAGGGAGAACCCAAGAAAAAGGAAAAACCCCCCAACCGAACCGAUCAAUACUUACACAGACCCCAGCUUCCGAUUUGGUUCCAAGCCAUCAAACAGGUCUCUGCCUCUCAGUCCGGCAUCGAUAACCUCCCAAUGGUCGUGGCCAUGAUCAUCUGCUCGGCCAUGGGCGGACUUGUGGUCAACCUACUCGGAUACUACACCCCACUCAUGUUUCUCGGCAGCGGCUUCUUAACCAUUGGAGCAGGACUGUGUACGACCCUCAAAGUCGACACAGAGAUGGCCAAAUGGAUCGCGUACCAGGUUAUUCUGGGCAUGGGCGCGGGGGUAGGGUUCCAGCAAUGCAUCAACGCGUUGCAGACCGUGUUGCCGUUACACGACAUCCCUGUCGGCAUUGCGAUAAUCACCUUUGCGCAAAGUCUCAGUGCCGCGCUAUUCAUCUCGAUCGCCCAAAACGUCUUCCAGAAUCGACUCGUCGCGAGCAUCCGCACAUACACCCCGCUCCUCAGCCCCGGCGAUAUCUUGGACGGCGGUGCCACGAAUUUGUCGGCCCGGAUAUCCUCCACGCUGCUGCCGAGUGUGCUCUAUGCAUAUAAUGUCGCAGUCACCCAGACCUUUUACGUCUCGGUCGCGGCAGCAGUUCUUUCUUUCGCCGGGGCAGGGCUCGUGGAGUGGAGAUCGAUGCGACGACCGCAGAGUGCGAAACAGGAAGCCCAAACUUGA